AUGGAGUACAUGUAUGGAAAUGAAUCAUUUACGGAGUACUAUGAAAACAUGUGUUGCUGCUGCUGUUUUUGUGUUGUCUGCUGUUAUUACUUGAAUUUGAAAUAUGAUCUCAUUUUAGAUGGAGAAUGGAAAUUAGAAAACAAAUACAGUAAAUUGUUCAGUAACAGAGUUGAAGGCAAACUAGAAUACAAAUACAUCGAUGAGAAGUGGUUUGACAUGACGAGAGUGAAGAAUAGUUACUAUGUACUUCCAGGAGAACCUGAACCGAAGCGCACCGUGUCAAACACUCACAACAUUGGGAAGGUAAUGUUCCUAACAGCUGUUGCCAGGCCACGAUAUAACAAUGAGGGGGAGCUAACAUUCGAUGGAAAGAUCGGCAUUUGGGCAUUCGUCGAAGAGACUGAGGCGAAGCGGACAAGUCAGAACAGAACAAAGGGAACAAAAGUGUUGACAUCAGUGAAAGUAACCAGGCCUGUGUGCAGAGACUAUCUAAUCAAUAAGGUUAUCCCGGCAAUUCAGGGUAAGUGGCCUGACGAUGAUGAGGGAGCAACAAUAUUCAUCCAACAGGAUAACGCAAAGCCUCAUGUCCUUCCCAAUGAUGUAGCUUUUCAAGAAGCUGUGGAACAAACUGAUCUUGACAUCCGAUUGCUACAACAGCCCCCAAAUAGCCCUGAGUUAAAUUGUUUGGACCUCUGCUUCCAUAACUCUCUCCAGUCUCUAACCGACUGCAGGUCACCUACAAACAUUCAGGAACUGGUACAGGGUGUGGAAGAGGAAUUCGAGAACUACGAUCCCGACAAGUUGCACAGAAGCUUUAUCACAUUAGAAGCAGUUAUGUUUGAAGUUAUGAAAGAUAAAGGAGGAAAUCAAUAUAAGUUGCCCCACUUGCACAAGGAUCGCGUUCAGAAUGCUGGAAUGGAAAUAACCGGUGUAUAUUGUGACAGUCGGGUAGUUGUUGAUACUAGGGCCCUUAUAGAAGAAAUGGAAAUUGCAAUAGGAAAAGAAAAUGAAAGGAAAGAAUUAGCUAGAGAAGGGAAAAGAAAGAAAAGUAAAGGGAAGGGAAGGGAAGAAGUGGCCAGAGAAAGAAUGUAG